AUGUCUUUGUGUGACAAGCAGGACGAGAACGUCGAGAAGGCGACAGACGCCAGUAAGGACGGCAACAUCAGCAAGCGCAAGAAGAAGUACAAUAAGAAGACGCUGCCCUCACACGCCAACACCAAUCGUAGGUGGGCUCGUGUUUUCAUACCAACAUUCUUUGCCUGGCUCGCCCGUCAGAAGGACGUGUGGGGCCCCUCAAACAACAAGGUCCUCAAUGCCCUCCGAAACAUCUGGCGCGUGGUCUACAAUGAGGAGCUGCCUCCGGAGCAGGACGCAAUCGAUGGGGCCGUGUUCAAUCUCUGUAAGCAGAGGGCCAACGAGUGGCGCAGCAACUUCGGCUCCACUGCCUCGGCGGUCCUCUCGCUUUCAUUCACGGCCGAGGAUAUGUAUGGCUACGAGGAUGCAGAGGCUGAUCGCGUCGAGUACGCCCGUGGGCUGCUCGUUGCGAACGUGUUCAUGUUCGAGAACGUUCCGGACGACGAUUCCCCACCCAGCGGCAACUUUAGGGGCCCGCUGUACGCCGCCACCCUUGCAACACACCGCGCCGCCAUCCGUGGCCGUGUCAAAGUCCCCGAGUACGACGACGACGAGGAGUUUUAUGCUCCGCGUGGUGCAAUGACUCUCGCGUGUGCCGCGGCCGAGCGCGCCUGUCAGCUCGCUGCUGACGGUCAGCUAGGUGACCUCGAGGCAGUUGUCGACGACCUGGUCACUUUCCAGGCCAGCGGCAAACAAAGCUGCCCUAUCAAGAAGGGAAGGACCUCCUCCAGUCUCACUCGAAGGGUCGCAAGCAGGUCAAUGAGCGCACCGGCAAGUCUUCAACCACCCUCGGGAACUUCUCGGAGGCGAAUUGGAAGUGGGCGACGGACUUGUAUUGGUCCGGCAUCGUCACCAUGGAUGACGAGUACCUCGCCAACGCGUUCAAGGCCACAGAAGCUCAUGCCCGCAACCUGAAGAGAGGCGACGAGGAUGAGGACGAGGACGAGGAUGAGGAUGCGAUGAUGGAUGAGGUCGCGCGUGCUGAUCCCCGCGCGAAGCUGCCGCAGAACUGAUCACGUUCGCCACUCACGAUCAUGUCUGCGACAUCAUGACAGCUGAUUCUCGCUCGUCCCCCGGUUCGUAAUCCCUCGUUUCUCUGCUGGUUAUUGUUCGGCUCUCGCGCUCUCAUCCAUUUCUACGCCGUUUUCGUUAUCGCCCCGCUCAAUUUCGUAUUCGUAUUCUCCUUUUAUGAUCUUAUUAUCUGCUUGACAGCGUGCAUUUCAUACGGUCUCAAUUUCUUUUAAUCCCUUCUUUUCACUUUUUCGGUACUUAUACGCACUGUAUGCUUGCUUCUCGCUAGCUAAUACAAAUUGAUUGAUCUGCCC